AUGUUCCGAAACACAGUUCUCGCUCUUCUCAUUGCUGUCGAGGCCACUCAAGGCCAGGCGGCUUUUACACUGAGGAAGACAUAUGACUCUAGCAAUUUCCUGGACUCGUUCAACUUCAGAGACCGUGCCUACUUUGAUAGUAUUAACCCCGGCUACGAGGGCGAUCCCACUGGUGGCUCCGUCAACUAUUUGAGCAGGAACCAAGCAGUGAGCUCUGGUAUUGUUCACACCAACAAUGGCAAAGUUCACCUUGGAGUAAACUCUGCAGACAAAGCAGCGCUCCUCACACCUGGAGGAUUCAAGCAUGGACGCGGAAGUGUUCGUCUUGAGUCUAAGGAGUCUUACAGCUCGGGCAUCCUGAUCGCUGAUAUUGAGCACAUGCCGGGGGUUGCCUGUGGUGUCUGGCCUGCCUACUGGUCUUAUAACUUCGACGAGGAUCCUAUUGGUGAAAUUGACAUCAUUGAGGGUAUCAAUGGUAACCAGAACGGCAACUAUGUUUCUCUGCACACAUGUGGAGCAUGCAUCUUCAACCGUCCCGGAGGCGCUGAACCUAGGAACAAUUGCAACAAAGGCGGUUCUGAUACCCGUUACUGUUCAGAUGGAACUAACUAUUCCGGAUGCGGUAACACCAUGCCGUCUGGCUCCUACGGCAAGACCUUCAAUAACAACAAGGGUGGCGUGUACGCCACAUGGUUGACUACCGAGGCUGUCAAGAUCUGGUGGUUCCCUCGUAACAGUAUUCCUGCUGAUAUCAAGAACGGCAAGCCGGAGCCCAACACCUGGGGUCAACCUGCUACGACACAGUUUGUCAAUGCUAAUGGAAACUGUGAUGUUGGAAAAUACUUCAAGAAGCAGACUAUUAUCUUCAACACGGCAUUCUGCGGGAGUAACAUCGACCAAGGAAUCUGGAACCAAGAGUGCAGAGCCUCGACUGGCUAUGCCACCUGCGACGACUAUGUCACCAACCAGCCUGCUGCUUUCAAGGAAGCUUACUGGACCAUCAAUUCUUUGAAGCUCUACCAGUGA